GCUUGUUUCUUGUUGGAAUAGUUCUUAUGCGGAAGUUAGCAACACGGAAUUAAUUCGCGACGGACAACAACAAUCAUAUCGCAACUGUACGAAUCAACUUGCAUAUUUAGCAAGUUAAGUUAAACAUACGGGAGCAACACACACAAUAGCAUACACAUCUGUGUAGGAUUAGUCUAGACGAAUAAAUGUCUGAUGUACCAGAAUCUUCUAACAGAGAAGAGGUCGAGGACAACACCCCUGAACCAGAGGAGCAGUCAGACGAUAGCAGUGACGACGGCGAGGCAUCAGGGGACACAGAAAUGGAUUUCCUGCGCAAUCUCUUCUCUAAAACCUUGGGCAUAUCUGGAGAGAAGGUUUUGGAUGAGCUGACUCUUGAGGGGGUGGCCAGUUACAUACAAAGUGGCAAAUGCAAAAACAUAAUCUGUAUGGUGGGGGCAGGGAUCUCUACAUCGGCUGGGAUCCCUGACUUCCGCUCCCCAGACACGGGGCUCUAUGCUAACCUGCAGAAGUACAGCUUGCCAUACCCUGAGGCUAUCUUCCAGAUAGACUACUUUAAGAAACACCCUGAGCCCUUCUUUGCCCUGGCCAGGGAGCUGUACCCAGGACAAUUUAAGCCCACAGUAUGUCACUACUUCAUCAAAUUGCUGAAGGACAAGGGGCUACUCAAACGCUGCUACUCACAGAAUAUUGACACCCUGGAACGUGUAGCAGGACUGGAGGGAGAGGACCUGAUUGAAGCCCACGGCACCUUCUACACCUCACACUGUGUCAGCUUUAUGUGCCGCAAAGAGUACGACUUGGACUGGAUGAAAGAGAAAAUCUUCUCGGAUGACAUCCCCAAAUGUGACAAGUGCAGCAAUCUGGUGAAACCAGAUAUUGUUUUCUUUGGUGAGAAUCUACCGAAGAGGUUCUUCACCUCAAUGACCGUGGACUUUCCUCGCUGUGAUCUGCUGAUUAUAAUGGGGACCUCCCUGCAGGUUCAGCCCUUUGCUGCUCUGGUUGGCAGGGUUUCAAACAGCUGCCCCAGACUACUCAUUAACCUGGAGAAAGCAGGCGGUGCAGAUCCUCUAUUAGGGAUGAUUGGCAUUGGCGGAGGGAUGGACUUUGACUCAGCGAAAGCAUACAGGGAUGUGGCUCAUAUUAGUACAUGUGAUGAUGGAUGCUUGGCACUUGCUGAGCUACUGGGAUGGAAGGUGGAGCUGGAAGAGAUGGUGAAACGGGAGCAUGAGAAGAUUAACAGCAAAGCCGAAGAGAAACAGACAAAUCAGAGCUCUGGAGCUGCAGGGAAGGCGGAGUCAGGGAAGGCGGAGUCAGGGAAGGCGGAGUCAGGGAAGGCGGAGUCAGGGAAGGCGGAGUCAGGGAAGGCGGAGUCAGGGAAGGCGGAGUCAGGGAAGGCGGAGUCAGGGAAGGCGGAGUCAGGGAAGGCGGAGUCAGGGAAGGCGGAGUCAGGGAAGGCGGAGUCUGAGAAGGCGGAGUCUGAGAAGGCGGAGUCAGGGAAGGCGGAGGUAGAAUAACUAAUGAGAGACCGGCCGGCUCCAACCCAUCAAUUGGCUUCAGUCUGGAAGCAGAGUUCCAUACAUUAACCUGGACUGUGCUCUACUGUCUGUUUUGGAUUUUCUCCCUUUAGUUUGCACUUUACUAACUUCUCUCUCCUCUCCAACCUCUGUUUGACAUAAACCCACCUCCUGACUCCUACUGUGUGUAUUGGUCUGUCUUUUGACAGUUCCCACAGAUGGAGUUUAUAGCAAUACACACUAGAAUGAUCAUACUUCUCCUUCUGAGGGAGAGACCUACAGACACUGAGCUGUCAGCAUGCCAACUAGCUCUGUUGAGUCAUAUAGUGGAUGAUUUUAGACUGAAAUGACAAAGUAUAGAGGGCAUGGCAGGGUAACAAAGAUCAUGAAUAUCUGAUUCAUCUGCUGAUGCAGUGACAUAACUACUGUAAAUAAAAUGGGGGAAAAAGUAUAAUAUAGCAUUUUAUGACUUACUAUUUAUAAUCAAUUAUAAUUAUGGAUUUGUUUUUCAUGACAUUGCUUUCUGUGCUGCUUGUUUCUAUCAAUUGUUUGAAUAUAAUUAUUUUUAACAAUGUUUUAAUCUAUUAAGCGUACCUGUGACAUUUAGUUUCUCUACUUCCUGUAGCUGUUGGUGUAGGACGGUUUCUAUUUCAGCACAAAUGAUGCAGCAGGAAGUUACCACAGUGGUGUGAGAUGAUGUCGCAGUACAUCUCUGGUGUUGACCAAAUGCAACUCGAUGCUUUCUAAAAGGUUGCGUUUGAUACAAGUAAAAACACAAAAUAAAGUGUCAGUCUCCCGCUGAA